AUAACAAAAACAAAUUGUCUAUAAAAUUUUAAUAAAGUUUACAAAAUUCAGAAUUUUACUGCGUUUUAAGGAAUAAAGAUUCUGAAGGUCGUGUGGAUUAGCGAGAUUAUUCAACGAUUUAGAUCUAAAUAUAAGUGUAAUGGAAAAGGAGCCAUAAAUAAAACGAUACGGAUUUCCUAGUCAGGUUGAGGAUAACGAUAAAUGAUAAAAUGAGACGCUAUCUGUGUAUAUUGGUGUUAAUCGCCAGCAUUGUGCACUCUUUUUCCUAUAAACCUGUCGUCCUUCUCCAUGGGAUACUUUCGGGAGCAGAUUCGAUGUCAGUUUUGAAAGAGUUAAUUGAAGAGCUUCAUCCGGGAACAAUGGUCUACAAUUGUGAUAAAUUUAGUGGUUGGAACAGCCUGGAAAAUGCAUGGAGGCAAGUCGAGCAAAUUCGAGACUAUAUAGAUGAGAUUGGUAAAGCACAUCCGGAGGGCAUUAUUUUUCUGGGCUACUCCCAGGGAGGUAUUUUAGCCCGGGCAGCGAUCCAGAGUUUGCCACAACAUAAUGUCAAGACUUUUAUUUCCUUAUCCUCUCCUCAGGCUGGGCAGUACGGCACUAGUUUCCUUCAUUUGAUUUUCCCAGAUUUGGCCGCCAAAACAGCCUUUGAGCUCUUCUAUUCGCGAGUGGGUCAACAUACCUCAGUGGGAGGCUAUUGGAACGAUCCGUUCAAGCAAUCGCUCUAUAUGAAAUAUAGUGAAUUCUUGCCUGUAAUCAACAACGAGAAGAUUAGCACAAAUUCUACAGAUUUUAAAAAGGCUUUGGUACGAUUAGAAAAAAUGGUUAUGGUUGGAGGCCCAAACGAUGAUGUGAUAACUCCUUGGGAGAGCAGUCACUUUGGUUACUUUAAUGAGGAUUUGGAUGUGGUAGAGUUUAACAAGCGUAAAAUUUUUACUGCCGACUUGAUUGGCUUGAAAACCCUCCUGGACGCUGAUAAAUUAAAAAUAAUCGUUAAACCGCGUGUUCAUCAUUUAUCCUGGCACAGGCAAAAAGAUGUCAUUAAGGAAGUCAUAAUGCCAUAUUUGGAUUGAACAAGCAACAACUCAAGCUGAAGCGCAAGGCUGUGAUUUGUAAACCGCUGAAGGAUUCAACUGAAAUACUUGACUUGUAUAUUGUAAUUACAUAAAUUGAAUUUAUUUUUUAGCUAGACGGACCGUUUCUCUCGGUGUAAACUAGAAUUAUUUAUAGCAUGAAUCCUAUAUAUAUUAAAACUGCUCUCUUGAUUUUA